UGCGAGCUUUCUAGCAGCAGCCAGUCGCCGGCUGCCGGGCCACGACCUCACAUCAACCCGGCUGCUCGUUCGGUUAGUUCGAUACUGCGCGAGAGAGCUUUCACAGCCACGUUUCUGCUAAUCUCUUGAGUACGCAUCUGAGCUUUUAAUAGACUACAUCUUCUGCUGCAAUCUUCAUCUACCCAUAAAAAUGUUACGAAAAGGGACAAGCUCCGCGAAGUUCCAAAAAGACUAUGUUAAAAUUCUUAAUCGUCCGCAAUCUUCCUUGUACAGAGUGUCCAAUUAUUGUAAGCUUUUACUGUCAUACUCGUUACAUUAACCGUGAAAUUGUUCGAUUGACCUGUUUUGACUUUCUCUUUAUAUUAUUUGCAACAAGUAUAUUACGCGAGGUGUCAAGUGAAAAUUUCCGUAGUGCGCGGACUUGGUCGGAAAACAGAUACAAGUUUUAAGCGCGGAAUUUGGACGUGUAAGAAUUUGUGUCAGAGAUUGUGGUAUCGAGGAUUGAAGGUCGAGGUCGAGGGUGUGAGAAUUACAUCGUGUGAAGCAAGUGACGCCCAUCAGUUGUUUUUCCGAAGAACAGCGGAGUAUGGCGGAUGGGUGACAGACGCGGAUCCACUGUAGGCUGAAGGUGUUUUUCAGCGUCGGUGGGACCAUGUGAGGCUUCGACCAUGAGGAGUGGCGGCCAGAGUGGUGUAUGGAUAGUAAGCGUGAUUAUACUGUCGAUUGGCACCUGGGUGGGCAGAGUCGGGCCACGUCCAGCAGAUGGAGAGCUCGCGCUUCUGACAUCGCCACGUGAGCGAUUGGAAACCGUUCGACAGGUUCUUUCUGAGGUGCCUUUGAUCGACGGCCACAAUGACUUACCGUGGAACAUCCGCAAUUUCCUUCACAACCAGUUGGCGGAGUUCGAUUUCGACAGGGAUCUACGUCAAGUCGCGCCUUGGAGCAAAAGCGCUUGGAGUCAGACCGAUCUGGUCAGAUUGCGACAAGGCAUGGUCGGCGGUCAGUUUUGGGCUGCUUACGUACCGUGUGAAUCUCAACAUCUUAACGCGGUUCAGUUGACUCUGGAACAGGUGGACCUCAUUAAGAGGCUCAUAGAAAAAUAUUCCCAGCAUUUGCAGUUCGCUGCAUCGUCGAGGGAGAUUUUGGAGGCUCACGGGAGAGGCAGAAUAGCUUCUCUGAUUGGAGUGGAGGGUGGGCAUAGUCUAGGAAGUAGUUUAGCCGUUUUAAGAACACUUUACCAGCUGGGUGUACGGUACCUUACACUAACACACACUUGCAACACUCCAUGGGCGAAAAGUUCGUCGGUGGAAGACGACGAUGAAGAUGGCGGGGGCCUGACAGCAUUCGCUGGCUUGAAAUUCCCGGUGCGACGGUGCGAGGCACGUUCAAAUAGCGCAACUAUAGAAUUACUCGCUCCAUUCUCACAUGCUUGUUUCCAGGCUGAUAACGGCGGACUAGUGAUGGUCACGUUUUACAAUUAUUUUGUAAAAUGCGGACCUCAAGCCAGCGUUUCGGAUGUGGCCGAACACAUCUACUAUAUUAGAAAUCUGAUUGGUGUGGACUAUAUCGGAGUCGGCGGAGAUUUCGACGGCAUCAACAAAACUCCUCGUGGUCUGGAAGAUGUUUCGAAGUAUCCCGAACUAUUCGCCGAACUUCUCCGGAGUGGCAAGUGGGACGUGCUCGAGCUAAAGAAAGUCGCCGGCUUGAAUUUACUGCGAGUCCUCACACAGGUAGAGCGUGUAAGGGAUGAUCUGAGGACAGCGGGGAUUACACCGCUUGAGGAAUAUCUUCCAGACUCACCGGACACGAUUGGCAACUGUGCACUGGAUAUUAACUCCGUGCAAAGGGUCACGGAAGUCUGAUCGAUCGACUGUAUGCAUUGCCCGACGACACGCAAAUUAAUCUUAUGCCAGCACGACCGUUCCACGCAGAUGAGUAUGGCCGGAAGACAACCAGUCAUGUCGAGAACAUGGAUUCAAGGCGAAAAUUCGAUUAUCUCGUUUACUACAAUCUGUACGCUUGCGAAAGUUCUUCGAACCUCGUGUGAAAGCUCAAUUGAACGUCGACAUUUGCAAAAGCUCAAAAUAAACCUACCUCGAUACCUGUUUCACAAAGGCGACGAGCAGCGGAUAUCGAUUAUGCUUUAUUUAGAGGAAGAUAUAUUCGCACAUUAUAUUAAAAAGUAAUUAUAAAUUAUGUGUUAUCAAUAAGUAACCAUAAAAAUAUCAAAUGUUUAACUUAAACUGUAACAAUCUUUUGUACUUAGAAAAA